AUGAAGGUCUCUGCAGCACUCCUCUGCCUGCUGAUCUCUAUGGCCACCUUCAGCACGCAUGUGCUUGCUCAGCCAGGUAAGCCAUCCCCUCUUCCUCCAACCAUCUGCUGCUUCAAGGUGAGCAGUAAGAAGAUCCCCAUCCAGAGGCUGGAAAGCUACACAAAGAUCACUGGCAGCAAGUGUCCCCUGAACGCUGUGGUCUUCAAGACCAAAUUGGCUAAAAAAAUUUGUGCUGACCCCAAAGAGAAGUGGGUUCAAGAUUCCAUGAAGUACCUGGACCAAAAAUCUCCAACUCCAAAGCCAUAA